GCUGUCAUCAGCGCACCUCCCAGGAAAGGGUUUUCUUUCGCUGUUGACAGCCUUGUAUUUAAGAAGGAAAAGGAAUCGAAGAACACCGAAUGUGGAGGCAAAUCUGCGCACGUUUAAAUGUUAUGUUGGCCCCGUCGGUGGAGCGGAGGUUCAUCGACGGCAAAGGGUGCUCGGGAUUGGCGUGCAGGGCGGCGGACGUCAUCGAAGACGGCGAAGUGCUGGCCGUUGUGCCGUAUCUGGCGUGCACGUCGCCUAUUAUGGCGCUGGCCUCUCCCUGGGGCAGCCAGCUCGGCGCUGCGAUCAGCAGCUACGCGCUCGAAGAGGGCGGGGUGCGGGUGGAGUACUCCAAAGAAGGCGCGCUAACAACGGCCUUCACGGCACUCGCAAUGCAGCCCCGAAGUCCUUUAGAGCACUACCUGCGCCACAUCGAGCUGAACGCGAUAGAUGCAGCAUCGCUGGCGUCCGCGCUGGGCCCUGCGCUGGCCACGCAGUUGAAGGUUAUUGAGGCGUUGAAUGGUGCAGUGGUGGAGCACAUGCACAGCGAUCUGCGCGGCCACGGCGUGGCGGUUCCUUUGACUGACUUGCAAAGGGCUCACCGCCUGUGCGCCAGUCGCUGCCUCGACGUUCCGGGCAGCGAAGAGUUCUUUGGUGGCCCUGCGCUCGUACCGGUGGCGGACCUCAUCAAUCACGACAGCCGGCCGCCGAACAUCGCCGUCUAUGCCGAGUCCACGCAUCGCAUUGGGCCAUUGCUGAGAAGGCACAGCCGCAUGGACUUGAUGAACGACUCCUUCAAGAGUUAUGCCUUUUGCGUUGUGGUGCGGGCCACAGAGGAAGUGGAGGGUGGCAAAGAACUGACGUACCAGUAUGUGGACGCGACCGCAGACCCAUCGCUCUACGCCGACAAGCUGUACUGGGCAUCUCGUUUUGGCUUCGUGCCGACGGAUUUGGUGUCGGCGAAGGCAGAAGAAACGCCAGCGUAA